AUGGCCGUCGAGCUCCAGCAACAGCCCGGCGGUGGAGCUCCCAUGGCCACCGCCGCCGCCACCCUGCCGCUUGCCCAGCGCAUCCUCCAGCCCGACACCCAGCAGCAGUUCAACUUCAACUUCAGCGACUUCCUCAAGCGCGAGUAUCGCUUCGGCCUCGAUCCCAGCCGCCCCAUCUGCAAUGCCUUCAAGCAAGGGCACUGCCCGCUCGGCAACGCUUGUCCGGACAAGCACCCUACCUCCUCCGCCUUCAACAACUCUUUCCACGGCAGCCUCGUGUGCAAGCACUGGCUCCGCGGCCUCUGCAAAAAGGGCGAGGCCUGCGAGUUCCUGCACGAGUACAACCUGCGCCGCAUGCCCGAAUGCAACCACUACUCGCGGCACCUGACGUGCUCCAACGGCGACGACUGCCUCUACCUGCACAUCGACCCGGAGUCGAAGCGGCCGCCCUGCCCGCACUACGACCGCGGCUUCUGCCCCCUCGGCCCGCGCUGCGCCAAGAAGCACGUCCGCCGCGACCGCCUCUGCCGCUACUACCUCGCCGGCUUCUGCCCCAACGGCAAGCAGUGCCGCGAGGGCGCCCACCCCCGCUGGCAGGACGACCUGAAGAAGCCCGAGGUGCGCGCCGAGAAGUCGCCCGAGGAGCUGGAGCGCGAGAGGGCGCAGCGGGAGGAGGAGGCGCGGAGGGAGGAGGAGCGCGAGCGGGAGCGCUUUGAGGAGAGGAAUCCGGGCAUGGGAGGGCCGGGGAAGUUCAGAGGUGGUUGGCAAGGCAGGAAGAAACGAGGCGGGAGGAGAGGGGGAGGAGGAAGGUAUUGA